GGGCCCCAGCCCACGCCCCUGGCGGGCCCCAAGCCCCCCACCAACUUCCUGGACGGCAUCGUGGACUUCUUCCGCGAGUACGUGAUGCUCAUCGCCGUGGUGGGCUCGCUGGUCCUCCUGGUCAUGUUCACCGUCUGCGCCGCCGUCAUCACCCGCCAGAAGCACAAGGCCUCCGCCUACUACCCCUCGUCUUUCCCCAAGAAGAAGUACGUGGACCAGAGGGACCGGGCCGGGGGCCCCCAGGCCUUCAGCGAGGUCCCCGACAGGGCCCCCGACGGCCGGCCCGAGGAGGCCCUGGAUUCCUCCCAGCAGCUCCAGGCCGACAUCCUCGCCGCCACCCAGAACCUCAGGUCUCCCACCAGGGCGGCCCCGAGCGGUGGAGAUGGAGCCAGGAUGACGGAGGGCAAGUCAGAGAAAGAGCAGCCAGGCGGCCAGGAGGAGGACCGGGACGCCCCGGGGUGUGGGGUCCCCACAGAGAAGCCAGGGGUGACGGAGGGGCCAUGCUCAGGGCUGGCAGAGGGGGUCCUGGGGGUCCGAGAAGGUCCAGGGGAGCCAGAAGGGGCUCCCUCAUUAGCCCAGGAAGCCGGGGACCCAGCUGGGCCCCCCCAGAGUCCCUGUGCUUGUGGCAGUGUCACCCCUAGCGUCUAACAGGCCCCCAGGGCUGUGGCCCUGACUGUCUGGCCCCUAGUGGUCCCCUCUGGGCCCAGCUGCAAAUCCCAGCGUGUCCCCUCCUACAGCGAACAGACACUGGUGUCUGCUCCACCCGGGAACCUCACCAAGUUCUAGAACAUCUGCCUCUGCAGCCCCGAAGGGCUACAUCCCAAGCACAGCUCCUGUGGGGAGGCGGGGCUGGGGAUGUGUCCCCCUUACCACCACGUCGAUUAGGAAACACAAUUGGCGGGUCCCCUGUGACCGGGCCAGCAUCACCAUCGAGGUAGAAACGUAAACCGAUCAGCUAGGAGUUUUGGAAGAUUUUAACCGGGAGACGUGGAAGUGGCCGGGGCGGGUGCGGUUAGUGCUACGGCAGAAGUGGGCCCCUCACCUACUCACCUCUUGGCAGGUACGAAAAUGAGCAUUUCCCAAACUGGGUUCCCUGAGGUACCCUGACAGGUACGAAAAUGAGCAUUUCCCAAACUGGGUUCCCUGAGGUACCCUGUGGGAAAAAAGAUGUUGGCAUCCAAUGCAUUGAGGAAACGCUGCUUCUCGACUCCCCGCACCCCCUUAGACCACCCCAGGGCUCUGACAAGUCCUGCAGUCAAGGCCCCGGGGAAUCUGGUUUCUGGUUUCACAGCCUUUCCCAAACUGCUUUUGACCAGGGUACUCUCGUUAUUAUUAUUAUUAUUUUUUAGCAGCUACAGUGGAAACUGCUGCAGGGCGCACUCUGGAAAUUACUGCUCUCAGUGUUCCGGAAGGUGCCCCGCAGCGUCUGGUUGGUCUGGGGUGUGGGAUGUGGGGGCUCGGCCCGCUACUGCCGUGGGGAUGGGGUGUGAGGAUGGGGUGAAUGAGCUAAACCUUUUUGUCAGGCUCCCAAAGCAGCCUAGAAGCCCGGGGCUCUGAGUGAGGUGACCUCACUCUGGGGAGUCUGGGGGGUGGAGGGUCUCUGACGCCUGGCCUGGAGCAGGGCACCCAGGGCCCCCCCUCCCCCCGCCCCACCCUCUGCUCACACGCGGUGUCUGGCAGCCUAUGUCCACAGCCUUCUUUAGUCCUCGACCAGGGAGCCUGAGCUCCGUCCUGAUUUGGGGAGGCUCUGGGGGGUCCUCUUCCCCAUCCCUCCAUCUGGGGUCCCCCCAACCUCUGCACAACUUUCCGGGUGCUGAGCUGUAACAAACCAGCACAAUAAACUUUAUUCUGGCCUGA